UCAAAAUGCGAUAAAUCCUUUGGCAUAGAAAAUGGCAACAUCGAGAACAGCCAGAUCACUGCCUCAUCUCAAUGGGAUAGUAAUCACGCCGCCAUUCAGGGAAGACUGAACUACAAGAAAAAUGGACCCAAACAGGGAGGUUGGUCAGCUCGCACCAAUGACCUUAACCAAUGGCUCCAAAUUGAUCUCAUUAACAAGUAUAACAAGGUGACGCGAAUUGCAACACAAGGAAGAAAUGGAGCAGAUCAGUGGGUUACCAAAUACAUGCUUCAAUACAGUAAUGAUCAAGCACACUUCCAAUUUUAUCGGGAAGAAGGAAAAGCUUCCUACAGGGUGAGUCCAAAGUUUUACUUAAAAUGAACUAUAAUGCAAAGUUAAUCAUUGUAACCUCAGGCGUCACCCACAUGACGUUUUAGUGAUUAUUUUGACAUCACAUCAUAAAUUUCGACUUCCUUAUUAGCUGUUAUACAUUUUAUAUAAUUUUAGCUGCGAUAAUUACGACGUAGGUGUUGACUAAAACAGUUUUUCGGUGUUGAAAUUGUUAGUUUAAUGCUGACAGAAUUAAAGCAAGAAGCUAACUAAGACGAUCAAAUUUAUUCCAACUUCCACAAGAAAAUAGCGAAGUAAAAAACGUAUUAAGAAUCGAUAUUCUGUUAGGGCAGACAGAGUAGGCACUGGUAGCUACCUGGUAUUGAGUGGGUGGAAAGCUUCAGAGCUUGAUCUAUUGCACAUCAUAUUCGCGGAAAUUCCCAACCACAUUUCUAAGCAUUAACUAUGAACUGCGUGUAGGUAUUUGUAGGAAACACGGAUCGGGACACAGUUGUCACUCAUCAUCUAAAUCCCCCAAUCAGAGCACAUUACGUACGUUUUCUACCAAAAUCUUGGCACAGACACAUUUCCAUGAGGGUUGAACUUUAUGGAUGUAAAGGUAAUAACUCGUAGUUGUACUGACGAUAUUUUAAUAAAUGUUCUACAUUUAUUCUUCUGAGGUAACACUCGAUAAAUUUUGACAAGAAUAGCUUUUUAAUUAAUGCGGCCAAACUGGAAAAUUGAAGCCCGUGUAUUUCCGUUUUGGGUGACCAAACAGUCGUACUUUCUAAAACUCCCAAUGUCGAAGGCUCAGCAACGUUACUCCUCAAAGAAAAGGAAUGUAACUCUUGAUGUACAUACAACCUGAAGCGAAUCAGAUAACAGUAAGGAAAUGUUGCAAAAGUCAUAUUUUGCAGCGAUUUAAAAGUAUUUGAAACAUAAAAGAAAAACCUCAUCGAGAGCUCCAAUUCGAUGUUCCUAUUAAAUUUUGAGCAAAUAUCCAUCACCCGGUAAUUUUACCAUUUUUAUUGAUCGCGUUUAUCUUUUCUAUCAUUAUUAAUUUUCAAUUCAAUUUUAUGAUGACAAUUCAACACGAUAUGUCAAACAUCUUGCUUUAUUUGGUUCAAUCCACCAUUUUAUCAAAAAUUCAUAUUUCAUUCCCAAUUAUUAGUAUGUAAUAAACCUUUGGGCAUGGAAGAUGGACGAAUCUCCAAUGGACAAAUCAGUGCCUCCUCAGAGUGGGAUCCCAAUCAUGCCGCCAUCCAAGGCAGGCUGAAUUUUAAGCAACGUGGAGCAAAACAAGGCGCGUGGUCAGCACGUGCAAACAAUGUCAAUCAAUGGCUUCAAGUUGAUCUUGGUUGCCAGUACACCAGAGUGUCACAUGUUGCAACACAAGGAAGGAAUGGAUACAACCAGUGGGUUACAAGAUACAUGCUGCAGCAUGGCAGCAACGAACUACACUUCCUGCACUACAGAGAACAUGGGCAGCCUGACUACAAGGUAGAUAGAAGGAAAAUAAGAUUACUCUCAUUGACUACGAGUUACUGCUUCGACUAAAAGUCUACCAUUUAACUCUCCAAUCGCAUUCAAUGUUCCCUGAAGUACACAUGUUUGAAGAUCAGAACACGAUAUGCUCAAAACAAUUUGUUUACUGAAAAUUUUAAAGCAUGGAUGAGAAGAAUUUGUUUUUUUCAGAGCUCUUUCAACUCCUUUUUGUCUUUAUUGCAUCUAUGAGAUCUUAUUCUUCAAAUGACGACAUGCCCUUUAUCGAUUUAGGUGUUUGCUGGAAACACCGACCGAGACACUAUCGUUUCGCACCUUCUCAGCUCCCCAGUCUCUGCGCGGUUUAUCCGAUUUCUGCCUACAGCCUGGCACGGACACAUAUCUAUGAGAGUGGAAAUUUACGGCUGUGGAGGUAACCAAAGUGAAUAAAGUGUUCAAUGCUGAUUUAAUAAAUUUUGGCGAGGGUACGAUAUGAAGGUUGGGUGUUAUACCAUCCAAGAUGCAAUUACUUUUGUCUAUAUUCUGAUUCUCUGUAUUUUCCAUAUCAUGGCAUGAAACGAAGUACUCGAGUAGUUGGAGGCUUUAAUGGUAAAUUCUUUGAAAAUGAGCGCAAUUUUCUUUCAAUUGAUCGAAAUAAUCUUUUAGGGUGUAAGGACUGUCAUGGCGCACUCGGUAUGGAGAACCGUGCAAUCUCAGACAGUCGAAUAAGUGCCUCGUCUCAGUGGGACGCAAAUCAUGCUGCAAACCAGGCCAGACUCUUCUAUCAGGCAGCUGGAAAUAAACGGGGAGCCUGGUCAGCUCGUAAAAAUGAUGCCAACCAAUGGCUUCAAGUCCAACUCCAUACUAUUUAUAAGAUAACAUUUGUAGCGACACAAGGAAGAAAUGGCGUCGACCAGUGGGUAUCAAAAUAUAUGUUGCACUACAGCAAAGAUGGAGAACAGUUCCAGUACUACAGAGAGCGAGGACACAAUACAAAUAAGGUAAGAAUGAAUAGGGAUAAAAAAUAAACACGUCAGUGUGAACUCUCAAGAAUUUAAGCAGCGAUAUUUUUUCGUGUCUUCCAAUUUAUCAGUGUUGGCAGUCUUCUUUCAUAUCCAAGUGAUAUUUCUGACACUCCCUCUUUGAGAAAUAUCGAGCUCUAAGAGUAUUAGCUGGUCCGAUAUCUCAGAAGUUUUCUUUCCGUUUUGAUAUUUUCCAUGUAUCCCACCCUUGAAUGCAAAUCAUUCCUUAGAGCUCAACGCCAUGAUGCAAUUACAAUGAGUUGCCAGUAAUGGGAUCCUUGCGUUUGCGCACAGAUUUCUGGGAUCGCCACGGUGCAAACCUUGCAACUCGCAAGAGAGGAAUUUAAGGCGAAAGGUUGUUUGGAUGUCCAAAAAACGAUUCUGGCGAGAGAUUAUGGCUUUUUCGCCGCAGUUUUAUCAAAGAUGAUAGAGAUAACGUUAAUACGAGGGAAGUGUAAGUUUUUUUUUCAGAAUUACCUUGAAAUAUGUUGUAAAAUAUACCGAUUAACUUUUCUCCCUGCGUGCGUAAGGUCUAUUGUGAAAUCGUCAUCGCAUAAUGGUCUCGAAAUAUUGCAAAAAAUAGCCAUAAGUCGCUAGGAAACAACUCAUUUUAAGUCUUUUCAGUUGUAUUUAUAUCUGUACUGCCUGUUUUCAUAGACCUGUUAGCGUAUUAGAUGAAAAAAAAACUAUGACGUUUGAAAAUAUACCUCCUGAAAGGAGAGAAGUCGUUGUCAGGGAAGAUGGAAAUUGUUUUUACGGAGCUGUUCCUCUCUGAAAGGAUGAAAUAAGUGAUAAAAAACAUGAGGUCAAGUGGUAGUUUGAUUGAAAAAAAUCCAAAGGUCUUUGAGCGGGAACUUCUCUUCUCGAACUCCUUGGAGGAUCUUGUCAGGAAAGAAAGAUCACGGGAACUCCGGCAGAAACUGUGGACAUAUUAUCAGCUGUGUAUCGCUCUUUAAGAGACCAAUUUGUAUUACUCCUCGUCACAGAAGAAAAGGUUCAGUUUUGAGCCGAUCAUCCGCGCCGAUUCGUCCACAUUGAUCACAACAAAGCAGUGCGGGUGUUUGAUCACUUUAAGGUACCUCGAGAUAGCUUUUGUAGCGCUCUUUUGUAUUGCCAGGCCACGAAAAAGCUAGAAGUAGACUUAGCACACGUCCCAAAAACCUAAAAAGGCUUUUUUGUUAGCGAUUUAUAGUUAGUUUUUUCUGAAUUUCAAGACCAUUACGUGAUGUCAAUUUCAUUACAAACCUUGCACAUGGAGACAAGUUAAUCGGUAAAUUUUAUUACAUAUUUCGUGGUUUUUCAACAAAAACUUGCGCUUUCCUUGUAUCAGUAUUACCCAAAUCCAUUUCUGAUAAGGGAGAGGCGAAAAAGCAAUAAAUCUCUAAAAUUGUUUUUUUGACGUCGGAACAACCUUCGCCACACAUCCUCCAAGUGAGUUGCAAAGUUUGCCACGUGGCAAUCCCAGAAACCUGUGUGCAAACACAAGGAUCCGGUUACUGGCAACUCGUUCAUUGUAUUAUUGGAAUAUAUCAAAUGCUUCCUUGAAGUUCAAACUUCAGUAACUUCCUUAAACUAAAGUUGUAACUCUCACGCCUUUCCUUUUGAAUCGUCUCGUUAUCAAAUUAAGAGAAAUUAGCUUUUCAGCAUAAAAGUACCCUCAUAGGGGUAUCUCUUCAUCAUUCGCUGCCGAUGUCUUCGCUUCCGCCCUCCAUUUUUUUCUCUACUCUGGCUUCAACAAAUCUUUAAUUAUAAAAAGUGCCAUAACAAUGGAUUUUUAAGAACUGUUUAAAAGUUUUGGUUCAAAUGCAACGACAGCCGUUUGCCAAAACGUCAUCAAAUUAUAAUCCCUCACACGGUCGCUUACUCUUUGUAGGAAUUUAAUGGAAACGUUGACAGAGACACAGCUGUUUAUCACGAGUUAAAACCACCAAUCACAGCUCGUUAUAUUCAGUUUCAACCUAUGGCUUGGCAUCGCCAUAUAUCCAUGAGAGUAGAAAUUUAUGGGUGUGCAGGUGAUAUAAUUUACAUGUAGUUUAAUUCGUUACGCCCUGACAUCAAUAUGCAUAUUCCCUGUACUCCUUUCUAAUCAUUUAGAGAUGAAUUUGUUAAAAAUCAAAAGCUUCCUUAGUUUGUAUUCAUGUCCUUUAUUCUCGUGAGUUUUACAUUUGAUUCAAGUGUAAAAUAAUAAGGAGAAAUUAGAUGCUCCAAAGGAUUUAAAAUGUCAAACGAAAACAAUCGGUACUAAACGCUUCUUAAAAGUGCUUCAGUUUUAGAGAUUACUGGACAACGGUCUCAUUUAGUCCAAAGAGCAUAUUUUGAAAAAAAAUUAAAAUCGUGUCAUUCUGCAAUAAAUGAGCUCAAUGUUAUCAUAUGCAUCUCGCAAUUUUGAUACCUAUAGCAUGCAGCAGAGCUCUCGGAAUGCAAAUCCAUCAAAUCCCUGACUGGCAAAUCACCUCCUCGUCUCAGUGGGAUGCAAAUCAUGCUGCCAUCCAGGGAAGACUCUUCUUCCAGGCUGCUGGGAACAAACAAGGAGCUUGGUCAGCUAGAAAAAAUGAUAUCAAACAGUGGCUCCAGAUUAAUUUAGGUUGUAACGGCAACACGGUGACACGAGUUGCGACGCAAGGAAGGAACGCAUACAACCAGUGGGUAACAAAAUACGCGCUGCAGUACAGCGGUGACGGGUUACACUUUCACUUCUACAAAGAAAAAGGCCAGUUAAAAAAUAAGGUAAGUCUUGACCUAUAUUUCAUCAGAGUUGUAGGCUCUAUAUGGCCUCAGAAGUCUAUACAACUUUAAAGACGUUAUUCUCGGUGGAUGUUUCCUUGUAUAGCCAUACAUAAGAACUAACGAAAGGAAGGAAGGAGAUGAGAUGUUACCCGCCAGAAAAUGAAUCAACACAAAGCGAAAGAAUUAGACUGCUAUAAUUUCCUCGUGUGCUUAAACACCAGAGUAAAAUUCAUUCGUUGCAAGAACUCAGUAAAACAUUCCUGACGCAAAAUUCACUUGUCGAUACUUGAAAUAUGUUUCACUUUGAUAAUUCCACAUGGCAAAUUUUAAGCCUGGUUUUCAUUUUUUUUUCUUAUUAUUUAAAACUACAAAGGAAUUUCGUGGAAACAACGACCGAGACACUGUUGUUUCCCAUUAUCUGAAUCCCCUGAUCAAGGCACAGUACAUUCGUUUCCGCCCAAUAGCUUGGCACGGUCACAUAUCAAUGAGGGUUGAACUUCAUGGCUGCAGA